UGAUGAUGAAGGGGAUCCAUGUAGAAUUGCUUCUCAACAUGAACUGGAUGAAGCAUUACGUCUUUAUGAAUUAGAAAAGGAUACUGAAAUUACUAUACAUGCGUUUGCGCAUUUCAUGGAGUAAAGCGCGUCGGGCGGCGGCGGUAGUUAACGAAUCCCGCGGCAGCAGUCGAUAUUCUUACGCGAACUGAUUAGCCACGAAGUUUUCUCGCGCAAGUAUAUUCAAACCGACUGUUAAAACAUUUAGACGUGAGAAUAUAAUUAAAGAAAUAUCUAAUUAAAGAAAAAAAUAAAACAAUAAUAAUAAUAGUAAUAAAAGAAAAAAGAAAACGAGAAAUAAAAUAAAAACACGAAAUAAAGAAAAGAGAAAUAUAAAUCGAAGAAAAGGAAAUAUAAAUCGAAAGAAAAAAGAAAUAGUACGUUGAUUAGCUUGAAAUAUUGAUACGACAACAAUAUUCCGAGGAGAAGUUUGCAAUAGACUAUUUCAAUGGUCGGUGAUUUAUGUCGAGAGGUUGUGACAGCAUACCUUUAACAAUCGCUGUUGUCAGUGAAGAGGUUGCAAAAGUGGCGAUAAACCAGCAUCGAUCGCGCUGACUCGUCGCAUUCUCAGCCGGGUUUUCCUGCAAGAGGUCGGGCUACGGUAAAAGACAAGGACAGAGAACGGUAAAGGAGUAAGAAGGAAAGAGAAUCUAGGAGAAGAUAGCCAGACAGAGUGAGGCAGAGAGAGAGAGAAAGAGAGUGUGCGCACCUACCCAUAGGAAGGAAAGUAGGGAAAACUUGGGGUGGGAGAUAGAGGGUAAUAGCGAGCAAAAGACGGGAACCAGUGGUGUACGAUUUAGACAGUUGGUGGACGAUAUUAGACAGCCAGGAUAGAAGACACUCGAGAUAAAUACGAUUAAAUUGCUCGCGAAAUGGCGUGGGGAUAUUGGAGCGCAACGUCAGUUAGCGAUCGGGGUCGGUCACCCCGUCGUGACAAGGAUAAACAACAGCAUCAGACAUUGCAUCAGCAACAGCAACAACAACAACAAUAUCAUCAAACUGAAACGGGAGUUUCACAGGGGAUGUACGGUGUGCAGCAAGUACAAGGUGAGCUUGCCGAUGUCAGCUCCUCCUCUGCCGUCUCUACAGGGCCUGGUGUUAGUGCCGCAGUGGAGGAACCACCCUGCAGUAUAAUGAUACAGGGUGGUUCCUUCUAUUCUUAUUCGGCGGCUACGGCGGCAGCUGCGGCUGCGGCUGCUGUUGGACGUAGAAUACCUUCUGCCGUCGAAGGAGGACCUUCUACUUCUUCCACGGGCAUACAAGUUUUACCAAGGGAUCGACCGAUUAAAUCGAGUACUAGCACUUAUCCACCAUCGCCGAGCAGUGAUUCAGCCGAGUACGAGCAACCGAUCGCCGGUUUACGAACCGAAUGCUCGCCUCAUAACAGUCCUCACGACGAUAUAUUCGCACAGCCUGGUACCUCUUCGUCUAGGAUUAAACUUUUAUGUGACAAGGGUAUCGACGAUACAUCCGAGGUUGAUAUUGAUGAAGUAACCGCGACGGAGAUGAUGUACGCGACCGCUAAUCGAGUUAUAGGGACUAGUACGUGUCGUGUUCAUGGACCGUGUAAUCCACUGCCGGAUUCUGCACCACCUAUGCCGCCUCUGAUUGAUGAUACAACCGGAUCCUCGGAAUUUUGGUUCAACGACAUCACCUGGGUUUUUCCUAACGUGCCACCUGCGCCAGGAAUGCCCUGUCAGGGAGAAGACAGAAGCAUCUACAGACGCGGCGCACGUAGAUGGAGGAAGCUGUACCGAGUGAAUGGUCAUAUAUUUCAAGCGAAACGUUUCAAUCGGCGAGCGUUUUGCGCAUUCUGCCAAGAUCGGAUUUGGGGGCUAGGUCGGCAGGGGUUCAAGUGCAUUCAAUGCAAACUUCUGGUACACAAGAAAUGUCACAAGGUGGUGCGCAAGCCAUGCUUGAGUGUACAACAACAACAGCAACAACAGAUGCCAAGCACAGAAUCGCAAACGAUCGACAGGAACGGCGAUCAACAACAGCUUGAUUCUGUCCAAUGCAGCCCCGUAGCUCAUCUCGAGGAUGAGAUCUCAGAAUCGGCAAUUAUCGAGGAGCAUUCACGCAAUCGAACCGGAAGUGAAGAAAGGGAGGAAUUGCCACUGGAUACAUUAAACGAUGCAGAUAAUUCAAAUGAUAUGCAGAGGCAAUACUCGUUAAAUGAUUUCGAACUGAUUAGGGUAAUCGGUCGUGGUUCCUACGCGAAAGUUUUGAUGGUAGAGUUAAAACGUACAAAAAGGAUUUAUGCAAUGAAAGUAAUUAAAAAAGCCUUAGUAACGGACGACGAAGACAUCGAUUGGGUUCAAACGGAGAAACACGUAUUCGAAACCGCCUCGAAUCAUCCUUUCCUUGUGGGACUUCAUUCAUGCUUUCAGACGCCUUCUCGUCUAUUCUUCGUAAUCGAGUUCGUACGUGGCGGAGAUUUGAUGUUCCAUAUGCAGAGACAACGCCGUCUUCCUGAGGAGCAUGCUCGAUUUUAUGCAGCUGAAAUCAGUCUUGCUUUAAACUUUUUACACGAGAAAGGUAUUAUAUACAGAGAUUUAAAGUUGGAUAAUGUAUUACUUGAUCACGAAGGACACGUAAAAUUAACUGAUUACGGAAUGUGUAAAGAAGGCGUUAGAGAGGGUGACACAACCGCUACAUUUUGUGGCACUCCGAAUUAUAUUGCACCCGAAAUAUUGAGGGGUGAAGAUUAUAGCUUCUCUGUAGAUUGGUGGGCGCUUGGUGUACUUCUGUAUGAAAUGCUUGCAGGUCGUAGCCCGUUCGAUAUCGCGGGCGCAUCAGAAAAUCCAGAUCAAAAUACCGAAGAUUAUCUGUUUCAAGUUAUUUUACAGAAGACAAUUCGUAUACCAAGAUCAUUAUCGGUCAAAGCAGCAUCAGUUCUUAAAGGUUUCCUCUGCAAAGAUCCAAAUGAAAGAUUAGGCUGUGGCAAGAGACCAACUGCUUUUCUUGAUAUUGUUGCCCAUCCCUUUUUCAAAGCCAUAGAUUGGGAAAUGUUAGAACAAAAACAAGUAACACCGCCAUACAAACCAAGAUUAGAUUCUGAUCGUGAUUUGGCCAAUUUCCCACCAGAAUUUACAGAUGAACCAGUACAUUUAACACCAGAUGAUCCGAGAGUGAUUGACAAAAUCGAUCAAAGUGAAUUCGAGGGCUUCGAAUAUGUGAACCCGUUACUUAUGUCUUUGGAAGACUGCGUGUGACAAGAACCGCUUGUUAUUGUGCCACGUCACACUCAAAAUCAGCAACAAUUACAUUCGUGUUAUAUGUAUGAAUUACAAGAUAAAUUUGCGAAACUCCGAAUCGAUCCCCUUUUAAAUAUCAGCUCAAGAAAUCGAGGUUAUCAUAACA